AUGGCGAGGGUUUUCGAUUCUGGUUCAGCGUUUCUCGGAUGGCUUCUUUUGGUGUCUCUGUUGGUCGUGACUGUGACUGCGGAGCCGCCGGAGGAGGAGAAGCAAGCGCUCCUUACUUUUCUCUCACAGGUCCCUCACGCGAAUCGGCUCCAAUGGAGCCGCAACAAUUCCGCCUGCAGCUGGGUCGGAAUCGAGUGCGACGCGAAUCAGUCGUCCGUCUACUCCCUCCGCCUCCCCGGCGCCGGCCUGGUGGGGCCGAUUCCGCCGGACACGCUUGGACGGCUUUCUCAGCUCAGAGUCCUCAGUCUCCGCUCCAACCGCCUCUCCGGCGAGAUCCCUUCCGAUUUCUCCAACCUCACUCUCCUCCGCAGCCUCUACCUUCAGAACAACGCCUUCUCCGGCGAGUUCCCCGCGGGAGUGACUCCGUUGGUUCGGCUGACGCGGCUCGACCUCUCGUCCAACAACUUCACCGGCCCGAUUCCUUUCGCCGUCAACAAUUGGACUCGCCUAACCGGUCUGUUCCUCGAGAAUAACGCGUUCUCCGGCCCGCUCCCUUCCAUCUCAGCCAAUUUGGCCGAUUUCAACGUCUCCAACAACAACCUCAACGGCUCAAUCCCUAGAAAUUUACAGAGGUUCCCCGCCGCGGCAUUCGCCGGGAAUCUAGAUCUCUGCGGCGGUCCAUUACCUCCCUGCAACCCCUUCUUCCCUUCCCCCAGCCCAUCCCCUUCCACAAUUCAACCGAUUCUCCCUUCCCACAAAAAAUCCAAAAAACUCUCCACCGCCGCCAUCGUUCUAAUCUCCGUCGGCGCAGCCCUAGCCCUGCUCAUCCUCCUCCUCUUGCUCUUCUGCUGUCUCCGGAAGAAACAGAGGCAGCAGUCCCCCAAACCUCCGAAGCCAGUGGGAGCCGCCGCCAGAUCCAUCCCGCUCGAAGCCGGCGGGACCUCCUCUUCCAAAGACGACAUCACCGGCGGCUCGGCCGAGGCCGAGCGGAACAAGCUGGUGUUCUUCGAAGGAGGCGUCUACAGCUUCGACCUCGAAGAUCUGCUGAGAGCCUCGGCGGAGGUCCUCGGGAAAGGCAGCGUCGGCACUUCGUACAAGGCCGUGCUCGAAGACGGCACCACGGUCGUCGUCAAGCGGCUGAAAGACGUGGUGGUUACGAAGAAGGAAUUCGAGAUGCAGAUGGAAGUUUUGGGGAAAGUUCGGCACGACAAUGUGGUUCCGUUCAGAGCCUUCUACUUCUCCAAAGACGAGAAGCUUCUCGUCUCCGAUUACAUGGCCGCCGGCAGCUUAUCGGCUCUCCUACACGGAAGCAGAGGCUCUGGCCGGACACCAUUGGACUGGGACAGCAGAAUGAGGAUAGCAUCAAGCACAGCAAAAGGGCUCGCCCACCUCCACAUGGCGGGGAAAGUGCCCCACGGCAACAUUAAGUCGUCCAACAUCCUCCUCCGCCACCAGGACCACCACGACGCCUCCAUCUCCGACUACGGCCUCAACCCUCUCUUCGGCACCACCACCCCACCCAGCCGCGUGGCAGGCUACCGCGCCCCUGAAGUCCUCGAGACCCGAAAAAUGACCUUCAAAUCCGACGUCUACAGCUUCGGCGUCCUCCUGCUCGAGCUCCUCACGGGGAAAGCGCCCAACCAGGCCUCCCUCGGCGAGGAAGGGAUCGACCUGCCGCGGUGGGUGCAGUCCGUGGUCCGCGAGGAGUGGACCGCCGAGGUCUUCGACGUCGAGCUCAUGAGGUACAACAACAUCGAGGAGGAGAUGGUGCAGCUGCUGCAGAUCGCCAUGGCGUGCGUCUCCACGGUUCCUGAUCAGCGGCCGGAGAUGGUGGAGGUUGUGAGGAUGAUCGAGGAGGUAAACAGAGGCGAGAUGACGACGACGGACGAUGGGUUGAGGCAGUCUUCCGAUGAUCCGUCGAAAGGCUCCGACGGCCAGACUCCUCCCGCGGAGUCCAGGGCCACUGCUACCAGUACCAGCGCCGUUACGCCGUGA